UAAGGCUGCUACUUCGGCAAAGAAAGGAGCAAAUGCGCUCGCCAACAAUGAACUGUGACGGGAGCACUUCUUCGCUGAUUCAUCUGGCAACCUCCACCAUUUUCCUCUCUAUCCAUCGUCAUUAAAGAGAAACCCGCAGUCUUGCAUCAAAUUGCUCAGCAUCUGCAACUUUGCACGCCCACUGCUCAAGUGGCAGUCCUUACUCAGAAAUAGGGAACUUCGCGCUGCUUUACGUUGCGCGCUAUUCUCAAGGACUUUCGUGCAAAUCUCUUCUGACCUGAGUCAGUUCAUUGUUCUUUUUCCCUCUGCCCCUGAGAACGAUCCAGCAUGAGUGAGUUCGAGAACAACGAUGACGAUAUCUUCGCCGACAUCUACGACGAUGACGAGCCGGCACCCCAACCACCAGCUGAACAGCCUGCUGUAAAUGACGCGGGUCCACCGCAAACAGUCGCCCAACCCGCAGACUCUAAUUCGCAGUCGAUACCACAACCUUCGAAUGAAGCACAAAUGAACAACGAUGCGAGCACCCAGAAUAAUGGAAGUAACAGUUCCGAUGGCGACAACAACGGUGCGGGCUCUAAUGGCGUUGGCCAUGAGGAAGAUGCCCAUGAACCGAUUGGCAUGAAAGAGGACGGUAAAAUGUUCAUCGGCGGUUUGAACUGGGAAACAACAGAUCAAUCGCUCAAGGACUAUUUCUCGCAGUUUGGAGAGGUCGUUGAAUGCACAGUUAUGCGUGACGGAGCUACAGGCCGCUCUAGAGGGUUCGGUUUUCUGACAUUCAAAGAUCCGAAGACGGUCAAUAUCGUCAUGGUCAAAGAGCACCACCUGGAUGGCAAGAUUAUUGAUCCUAAGCGUGCUAUCCCCCGCGAGGAACAAGAACGCACAGCCAAGAUUUUCGUUGGCGGUGUAAGCCAGGAAUGUACUGAGCAACAAUUCAAGGAGUUCUUCAUGAAGUUCGGGCGCGUUAUUGAUGCAACACUUAUGAUGGACAAGGACACCGGUCGCCCACGUGGCUUUGGUUUUGUGACCUUCGAUGGUGAGGAUGCUGUUGACAGGACACUUCAGCAGCCACUUGCCAUUCAUGGCAAGCCGAUUGAAGUCAAACGUGCGGAGCCCAGAGGUAACGUCCACGACGACAAAAGCGGUGCAGGCGGCAAGUUUGGCAAGCGCGGUGGCCGAGCCGGCAACGAUCAAGGUGGUCAAUUUGAUGGUAACGGUCAAGACCAAUUCCAACAAGGUCAAGGUCAAGCACAGAACACGAAUGGGAUGAGCCAAGCGCAAAUGGCGGCCUACUGGUUCAAGAUGCAGGAGUACUUCCGAAACAUGCAGACAAUGAUGGCACGCAAUAUGGCUGCUCAAAGCCAGAUGCCGAACAUGAUGGGCGGCAUGAAUCCAGCCAUGAUGCAAAUGAUGAUGGCACAGCGGCAGGGUAUGAUGUCUCCUGGAGGUACGGCCCAGAUGGCCAAUGGAGGCCCCGCAAUGUCUGCAGGCAUGCAAAAUCAGAUGAUGCAGCAGGCAGCUCCUGGAAACCAAGGUGGACAAGGCUUCAACUCGCAAGAGCAGAUGGAUUUUGAACGCCAAAAGUACGAGAAGCAGCAAAUGGCUCGGAUGCAGCAAUCGCAAUAUCAGUCGCAGCAGGGAGGGUAUGGCCCUACGAGCUGGGAAGGCAUGUACGACGACGUGCCGCAACCGAACAUGAUCCCUACUGGCCCGAGUGGCAGCAACCAUGCCGGUCGCGCUGGCUUCGGAGGAGGCCGUGGUCGCCGCGGAGGACAGAAGCAUGAUGUCGGCGCAGGCCACCCGGGCGGCAAUCCGCCUCCCAAUGCGCCAACUGCACCCGCCAACGCACCUACGGGACCAAGGAAUGCCGGAAGACCUGGUGCUAACUAUCGUGGCGGAGGACGUGGAGGGCAUAUGCGCGGCUUCAGACCUUAUUGAGGCGUGUCAUUGCUAUGCUUAACAGGCACCCUGAGGGAGGACGAAGGAUCAACGACGGCUCUAUUCCGUCUUGCGACUGAGGCUAACGCCAACCACGAUGGAGGUACAGCGAGCUGUACCCCAGAAUUCAAGUCCACGGAGCGCUCGCGACAGGAAACUUUGUUUUACAUAUACUUAUUUUGGUGCAUUCGGCGGGCGGGUCGGGGCGUUUAAGCGCACAACUCACGGGAGUCGGAAUUUCUCUCUUGAAUUCUCGUCAUAUUGCACCACAGGCAAACGCUGACCCGGGGCGGGGGCUGGCAAGCCAAACCACUGCUAUCGAGGCGUUCUAGGGGGGUCGGCAACAUCACCAUUUUUCGCGCACGCACGGGAAGAUGCGCACAGAGCGUCGUCCAUCAAUACGGGCGCAUCUUUCUGCCGCUAAGUGCUUCGCUCGGGACGAUGGCGUCAGAUCUGACCACGAGGCAUUGUGCAUGCGUGCAAUUUUAACGUAUGUAGAGUUAGUUUUGCUGCAAGCAAAUCGCAGAUUCUUGUAUGCACGAUGGAAUCAGAUGUGGUUAUUGACCGCCAGCCG